AUGGCUUCAGUUAUACUAGGAAUCCUUCUAGUACUCACUCCACUUCCCCUUUCCACUGAAGCUCAAACCCGCGGCAACUUGACCUUCGGCAACUCAUUGACGGCGAACGACCGAAACUCUUCCCUGUUGUCGCCGUCGGGCAAGUUCGCCUUCAGGUUCCGGAAAAUGGGACAAGGGGCUCAUUUGCUGGCAAUAUGGUUCGAGAUGAUAAAGGAGAAGACCAUCGUCUGGUCGGCGAAUGGCGAUAAUCUAGCGCCCGAAGGUUCGAAAGUCCAGUUGACCACCAACCGCGGGUUGGUGCUUACCGACCCGAGAGGGAGAGAGCUGUGGUCUUCUAACCUGACCGCCACUGGCUUACCCUAUGCGGCCAUGCUCGACACCGGGAACUUCAUCCUAGCGAGCGCAAGCCACGUCAACUUGUGGGAUUCGUUCAGCCGACCGACGGAUACGUUACUACCAACGCAACAGUUAAAUUUGGGGGCUGUUUUUAGAGCUUGCUAUUCCGAAAUGAAUUACUCCGCUGGGAGAUUCCUCUUCGGACUGCAACCCGACGGAAAUCUCGCUACAAACACCUUUAUCGGCUUCCGAUUGAUAUUCAAUCAAAGUGGUCGGGUCUACCUCACGGACAGGAAUGGAGUAAUACUCAAUAUCGUCACCUCAGACGAAUUUCCAACCAUUGGAUUUUACCGAAGAGCGAUCCUCGAAUAUGAUGGGGUCUUUAGGAAAUAUGCCCACCCUAGUACGGCAGAUUCGAGUUCUGGCUGGGCAAUGGGCUGGUUGAUGGUCUCUUCCCCAGUCCCUCCAAAUAUAUGCACGAGCAUCCACCGAGAGAAUGGUACUAGAGCUUGUGGCUUCAAUAGCUACUGUACUCUUGGAGACGAUCAGAUUCAGAGGCCCCGAUGCCAGUGCGCACCUGGAUAUUCUAUGUUAGAUUCGACUAAUGAGAUGAACGGAUGCAGACAGGACUUCAUAUCACAGAGUUGUGAUGGAAGUAGGCCUGAAAAGGCCAGCUUGCUUUGCGUGACAUGCUCAAUACAGACUGGUCGCAGCCUGAUUAUGAGGUUAGCACAGAGAAAACCGAGGACUGGUGCCGAGACUUUCUUGGCUGAUUGUCAUUGUGCAGUCGCUGUUUUCAAAGAUGGAAAAUGCCAGAAAAAGAAGGCCCCUCUUUUAAAUGGUAGGAUGGAUCCUAGUGUGGGUGGAAAAGCUCUGAUCAAGGUCCAGAUAAAUAACUCGACUUCAAAAUCUACGGGAAAUGGAAACAAGAAUUCGGCUCUGAUUAUCAUCGGAUCGGGGCUGUUGAGUAGCUCUGUGUUUGUGAACUUGCUUCUACUCCUCCUCACCUAUUAUAGAAGCUUUCGAUCUAGGGAUUCUAAGUUGUCACAACGAGUCCAGAUCAACCAAGCCACAGGCACGCAGACUUUCACUUAUUAG